CGCGCGGAAUUCGGUUCUUCUAAUCAUACGUCCUGUUCGCGGGAAAAAAAUCACACAGGCAGCAACAAGAGGGGGAGAAAAGUGGCGACCAGUUAACAAUCGGAUAAAGUUGUUAGUAUAAAUAUCAGAUCGUCUGUCUUUGGAGUAUGGGGAUGUUUUUCCGCUCUAUUGUUGACAGAGGAGUGGGCAGACGGAGGCAGAAUGCCUUCCCUGCAGAUCCUUGUUCCAGGAUCCCUUUGACCUCACUGCUGGAAGGCUACCAGUGCGUCCGGCACGACGAGCACAUCUCAUAUGGGAACACCGGUGAUCCUGUGCCACCUUUUGGCCUGGCGUUCUCCUCAGCUGCAGACAUGCAAAACGUCCUUGCAGCAGCUAAUGAAGAAGGCGUUGUUAGGAUAUAUGACACAGAAAGUCGGGAAAACCCUCUACUUAAAGAAUGGCUGGCUCAUGAGAACGCAGUCUUUGACAUUGCCUGGGUGCCAGGAGAGCCACAGCUGGUGACCGCUGCAGGGGACCAGAUGGCCAGGCUGUGGGACGUGAAGUCGGGGGAACCGUUGGGAAGCUUUAAAGGCCACCUUUGCACCCUGAAGUCUGUUGCAUUCGCACCAGGAGAAAAAGCUGUUUUCUGCACGGGGGGCAGAGAUGGAAAUAUUAUGGUCUGGGACAUCAGGUGCAGCCAGAAAGAUGGAUUUUACAGGCAGGUGAAACAGAUCAGCGGUGCUCACAAUAAAUCGGAGACCAAUCGUCCCUCUAAGACGAAGAGAAGAGGGAGCAGCAUGCGUGGUAUGGCUCCCAGCGUGGAUACCCAGCAGAGUGUAACAGUGGUUUUAUUUCGGGAUCAACAUACCCUCCUCUCCUCUGGUGCUGUUGAUGGGGUUAUAAAGAUGUGGGAUUUGAGGAAGAACUACACAGUGUACCGUCAGGACCCUGUGCCUAUGCAGAUCUAUCCAUAUGCAGGCUCCUCCACUCGGAUGAGACUCGGUUAUUCUGGACUUGUUUUGGACUCCUCCAGGUCCAACAUCAUGUGUAACUGCACAGAUGACAGCAUUUACAUGUUCAACGUCUGCGGAAUAAAGACGACUCCAGUUGCUGUUUUCAGUGGACACCAAAACUCCUCCUUCUAUGUCAAGUCUACGAUCAGCCCUGAUGACCAGUUCUUAGCCAGCGGAUCCAGUGACAAUCACACGUACAUUUGGAAGAUCUCUGAACCUCAACAUCCCCCUGUGAUCCUCCAGGGUCACAGUGAGGAAGUGACCUCUGUCACAUGGUGCCCGACAGAUUUCACAAAAAUUGCUUCCUGCUCCGAUGACCACACUAUACGGAUCUGGAGGCUUCAGCGUAAAACGGAUGUGGCGCACUCAUCAGUGGGCGAAGCCAACCUCGUAGGCUGGGCACGUCCUGGAUCUCCCACAGUGCCCUCGGUCACAGCAGCAACACCCCCUUCAAAGACCCAGAGGACGCAGAUUCUUGACGGCAUGGCAUCGCCGCAGUUGGCUGCCUGCGCCCCUAACAGCGCCGCCCUGCCUCUACCCUCCAGCACCGCAUCACCAAACCGUUCCACACCAGUUCCCGCUCACCAGAGACCCCCAGCUUCUAUCCAGCAGUGGUUAUCCCCAACUCAUGGAGCUCAGAGUCGGGUUGGCGCCACCACUCCAACACAACAGACGUUAAGGCAGUGUCGUCUGAGCCCCACAAGCAGCGCCACCCCCACGGGGCGACGGGCUAAACGCAGGCUGGAAACAGAUGAGAGCUCACCUUCCUGCUCCGAGGACGUCGCCCCGCGUCAGUGUGAUUCAGAACUCCACCCCGAAGCUAAGAGGAGUCGCAUCCUGUCGGAUGUGUGUUACCCUGCUCAGGAGAGCUCGGCGCAGACAGAUGAUCAUACCGCUGAGAGUGAACCAGUUACCUCACGGCAGACUGGGAAGGAGAACUGUUCUCCCAGCGCAAGGAACUGGUUGUCAGAAAUUGGUCAAAAGAUGAAAAAAAGUCAAGGAAGUCCCAGUUCUCAUAAGAAACAAGACAGGAAGACACACACUUCACCAGUGCUCCAUUCACCAAAAACUGUAAAAAUCUCUACAUUUUUUCAAAAAAGGCAACAGGAAUGAUCUGCUACAGCCACGGAGAUGCCACAUCUUAUUAUAAUCUGGUUGCACAGGAAUUGAUGAAACACAGAUUUUUCUUCCAAUCGUGUUACGUUAUGUUUUUGAAGCCUUUUUCCAGUUUACUCUCAGCUCCAAAUAUCUCAUCGUCUCAGAAAUGUUGCAGGUUGAUAAAUUUGCCAGUUUACUUAACUGUAAGAAUUUCCAUAGAUGUUUUGGCUGCUGCUAAAAGAUCAGAUUUGAUUUGUUGAAAACCCUUCAAAGCUAUUCCUGCUGAUUCUUCCAGAGAGGUUUACUUCUGUAUAU